GCAGUUGAGAUUUUGACUCGGUGAAGUUUAAAUCGUUAUUUAUAUUUAUUUUUAAUUUAUAUAUAUACAUAUAUAUAUUAUAUUCGAAAAAAAUAUUUGCCCGAAUUUCGGCGCAAACAUUGAGAAAGUUCAGUCGGUCAAUCGAAAACGUGAAUAUUAUUACCUACCUACUCGCCUCUUUUUUAGUUUUUGCUUAGUAUCUUUCAAUUAUUAAGGAUAUAUUUAUUUAAAAUUUAUUAAUAGUAAAAUAAAAUAAAAAUUUUCAAAAAUGGCUGAUGUCGAAAUUAUGCAAUCGGUUACGGAAGUUAAGAAAACCAAAAAAGUGAAAAAAACAUCGAAACGUCGCGAAUCUGAAGUUCAAAUAACCGAAGUUGAACAAACCAAUGAAGAAGAAAGGGGUGGUGAAUACACAAAGGCAAUGGAUAAGGAUUGGCAUUCGGGCCAUUUCUGUUGUUGGCAAUGUGAUGAAAGUUUGACCGGACAGCGUUACGUUAUUCGAGAUGAUCAUCCAUAUUGCAUUAAAUGCUACGAGAAUGUAUUUGCGAAUACAUGUGAGGAAUGUAACAAGAUCAUUGGAAUUGAUUCCAAGGAUCUUUCCUAUAAAGAUAAGCAUUGGCAUGAGGCAUGUUUCCUUUGUUUUAAGUGCCAUCUAUCCCUGGUGGAUAAGCAAUUCGGCGCAAAAGCCGAUAAAAUUUAUUGCGGCACCUGUUAUGAUGCCCAAUUUGCCUCACGUUGCGACGGCUGUGGUGAAGUCUUUCGUGCUGGUGAGUAA